GCCGUGUUCCCUCAGUAAAGAUGGCGGAUAUCAUGGAUAUCUGUACCUAAAGAAACAUGGCCGCUCUUCUGACCCGAUGGCCUCUGAGAGCAGCGUCACGUGACGUGUGAUAGCAAAGAUGGCGGCGUCCGGCGCUGUACGUGGUGCCCGGUACUUGGCUGAGCGGAUCCGGGCAGAGAAGCGGGCGAGUGGCGUGCGUCAGACUCCGCCCCUUCACACCGCGCUGCGGGAGUUGCGCAGUUGGGUUGUGCGCCAGGAUUCUGAACUUGUGCUCAUAAAUAAACCUCCUGAGCUUUCUACCCACGGUGGCCCCUCGGUGCAGCACAGCGUCGCCUCUCUGCUCCCAGCGUUGUCAGAGAUGCUGUUUGGAAGAGGAGCGGAGCCGCUGCGGGUGUGCCAUCGCCUGGACAAAGACACGUCUGGAGCAUUAAUUCUGGCCCGGAGCGCAGAGGCGGCAGAGCGCGUCCAGAGACUAAUGCGGGAGCGCAGGGUCCAGCGGGUGUACUGGGCGGUCUGUCUGGGGGUCCCCACCCCUCUGGAGGGAAUUGUAGACAUUCCGAUCCUGGAGAAGGAGACCCCGGGUCCUCAGAGACAUUAUAAGAUGUCUCUAUCCCCGCGGUUCCGGGUCUUGGCGGACGGUUCUGUGCUGAGGCGUCGUGUCAGUGGUUCUGCUCAUGAGGCGGUGACACAGUACAGGACGCUAGAGAAGUCAUCUGGAGCGUCGUUACUGGAGCUGCGGCCGCUCACAGGAGUGAAGCAUCAGCUCCGCGCUCACCUCGCCAUGGCUUUGAACUGUCCUAUUCUUGGAGACCACAAGUAUUCCCACUGGGGGCGCCUGGCUCCGCAGAAGCUGCCGCAGCCCCUACUCCGCGCGCUCGGCCUGACGUCACCGCAGAGCCGCUCCCUUCUCCUCCAUCUUCAUGCUGCCCAGAUCACACUGCCAUCCACCGCUGGGCGGGACCCCAUCGUUUUGCACUGUUCUCCCCCUAAACACUUCCUGAGGACUCUCCGUAAACUGCAGAUUCCGGCCCCCCGCCUGCAGCACAGUGAGGACCCCCCAGAAGACGAGGCCACUUAGACUGUGGAGGGGAGUGGGAAGAUUUUAUUUGACAUUAGACAAUAAACACCUUUAAGCAUA